AUGGCGUCAAUUCGGCAGGCACAGUUUACCUCAUUGAAUGGGGAGGCCCUCACUGAUUCAACUCCAGUUUGCUGGGCUGGCGACGUCCUCACAGGGGUUGUGAACGUUGCAAAUGGCAGAAUCCGCACCUCUAUCAGUAAAGUCAGACACCUACCUUUGUUGUCCGACAUCGAGCAUCUUCUUGUUAAUCUCGAUGCCGAUACCAUCGAAAUCACCCGAGCAGCACAGAAGAACCCUGCCAUUUUCCCCGACCGAGAAUUUCGAUUCUCUGUGCAAGUACCUGAUGCAUGCGGAGUAGAAAGAUGCAUGCACUUCACAGAUGACUCCAGUCCCCAGCAAAAAUUGGUGCUGCACCACCAAAUGCCACCAAGCACAGUUAGCGAGAGCGAGUCGGGAAGCAAGGAUGAGGCUGCGGACCUUGUGAGGAUCACCUACUGUGUCCUCAUCACAAUCUGGCAAGAUGGGCACAUCAAGACCCACAAAAUCCUCCCAAUUCUCAUCAAGCCAAAGCUCCAGCUGCUCUCCUUCCCAACGAGUGAGCAGAGUGGCGGCGAGAUCUACGUGGAGAAGGAGUGGAACGACCUCGGCUCCCUUCGCGUGGAGGUAUACUGCCCCGACAACUGCCAUCUGGCGUGGCCUCCCAAGGCUAAAAACGUCCCCAUCAACCUGGUUGUGAAGCUUUGCUUCAACCCAAUCCACCCGGCGUGGGGGCUGCCCCCAAUGAGCGAAAUGAGCACCAAGCUCAUCGCAGAGACGGCCUUCCAAAGGGCAGAGCCCAGGGAGGGCAAAAAAUGGACCAAGUCACAGGUCCUAAGCGCCACCACCUUCUCGGUUGGCACUGUUUCCUGGGUGUGGUCCUCCCAGUCUUUGACUGGAGGAUUUGAGUACGUUGCCUGGGUGCCCGUGCCUCUCCAAUUGCCCCUCGGGGAGAAUAUGCUGACUUCGUUCAAGUCAUGCAUUGCUGGACGUGAGUUUGCCGCUCACGUCGGCUUCGUCUUCGGCCUCGGUGCGGGCAAAGAUGUUGAUGUGGUGGUGCCCAUCAGCAUCGAGCCUUGCAUCGAGGUCACCACGGCCCACUGA